AUGAGCUAUUUAUCUCAAUCUAGUCGAUUGACUUUCUUAUUAAUUCAGCUUAAAAGCAAAGCUUUAAUUACACCAGACCAAUAUUCUCAACUUUGUGAUCAUGCUGCUAAGGACCACUCACAAUUAAAGGAAUUACUAGUUUCCUAUGAGAAUGGCUUAUCAUAAAGUGACUUAAUUGAUGAAUUAUCUAAAAUGCUAAAUAAUCAAAAUGGAAAUGAAAACAUAGUCAAAUCCUAUUUGUAAGUAGUCUAAUAAUUAUUAUUAGUGAUUCUAUUGUAUAAAUAUGUAAAUAACUCAAGAAUAAGAUUAAGGAGUUUUAUCGUGACAUUAAGGUAAAUUGAAUCUAAAUUAGAUCUUAGCAAGAUAUCAAUGAAAUUUAUAAAGAGUGUUUUAUUGCUUAACAUCAUUAGUAGGAAGUUAAGGAUCUUAUACGAUUGAUUCUUAAGCAAUUUUAUAUUAAAGAGUUUAGCUUACUCUAGUUUAAGUAAGAUCAUUAAUGUCAUAUACUUACGAAUAAUUUUGAAUCAAUUAUAAUUAAAGAUGCUCAAGAAAUUCAAGAGUUUACUUAAUAACAAUCUCAUAAUUAGAUUAUAGAAACUCCAUCAGAUUAUCUCAGUUUAUUAAAAAUAGAAAAAUUACCAUAGUAUUACAUAAUAUCAAAUAAUGAUGUAUUUUUUCUAACCUUUACUGAAAAAGUGAAUAACAAAUUUAAAUAAUAUCUAAUGAUAACUUCUCUAUACAACUCUAUUAUUUCCAUAAUCAAAUAAGGAAAUCAAAUAGUUGGAUUAAAAAAGUUAUAAACAAUUAGAAUGGAAAUACUGUAGUUGGUAUCAAGAACUAUAAAUAUUUUAACAUACAAACUAAUAUUUCAUAUAUUAAUUUAGAUAAUGAAAUAAUUUAAUUUGUAAAAUUUGGUUAGUUUAAUUGAUAAAGAAUAUUUAAUGUAAUAAAGAGUGACUGAUUAUUUAUUAUUAACUUUUAAUAAGGAAUGGGAUAGUAUUUAUAUAGAUUUGGAUGGAAAUCUUUCUAUAUAAUUGAAAGAAAAAAUUUAGAGUACAUUUAGAAAGAGUAUUAAAAGAUAUAGUAAAAAAUUGAAAUAGAAAAAGAAUUUGUUAGAAUCUUUUUAAUAAGUUACUUAACAUAAUGAAAUGAUUAUGUGUUUAUUCUUUAACAGUUACUUAUAUUUAUAUUAUAUGACUGUUUAAUGGAAUCAUGAUUAAUUUGUGUAUAUAUAUUUAUAUCUAUAUAUAUAGGUCUCGAUUUAAAUUAUCUAGAGAUAUUAAUUAUGGAGAUCCCAUAUAUAAAAUCUUUGAAAAAAAUCCUAUUGUAAUUUCAAAGGUUAAAGAAUUAAUUGAAUCUAAAAAUGAUCAUUUGGAAUUUGAUGAUGGAUUUUAUAAAUUUUCAUUAAAAGUUGAAAGAGGAAUAAAAUAAGACAUUAAAUAAAUUUUACUAUAUUUAUUUAAUAUAUAAAUAAAAAGGUAUUUAUAAAUUUUAUUAAUAAGACCUCUUAAUGAAUUGUUACAGAUUUUUAGAAAUAAAGUUAAAAUAUUAUUAACACUAAAGAAAGCAACAUUAGCAUUUAAAUCAAAAUAAUUAAUGAUGGAAAAUUAAUUCUUUAGAUAAUCAGCUUUGGUAAUGUAUUUGCCUGAUCAUGAUAUGAGAAAAUUGGCUAUAGUUUAUAAUUAAGAUCAUGAUUAAGCUUUAGAGAAAUAUAGAGCAGCUACAAUGAAAAAAAAAUCAAGAAAAUUAGCAUCAUUUUUAAAUAAAUAUGAAGAAGAAGAUAAGAAAAAUCCAGAUGGACGAAAAAUAGCAAUAGAUCCUAAUUUAUAAGAAAGAUUAUUAGAUUACGAAUUCAAUCUUUUAAAUAAGAAAUUAUAUAAGAAUAAAUUUAUAAUAGUUUAUAACAUAUUUGAUAUGCUUGAAUACACUAAAUAAUAUCCAUUAAAAAAUAAAGAAUUUGUAAAUUUUUUAACUGCAUUAAAAUACAAAUAUAAUAAAACAGCAAAUCCAUUUCAUAAUUUUACUCAUGGAGUUAAUGUAAUGCAUGGAUGUUUUCUUUUUGCUCAUCAUCCAAAAUUCGGAUUUUGUUUCAAUGAUUAAUAAAGAUUUGCAAUGACAUUAACAGGUUUAUGUCAUGAUGUUGGACAUCCUGGAACAAAUAAUUUAUUUUAAAUAAAUACAUAAACUAAAUUGGCUUUGAUAUAUAAUGAUAAAUCUGUAUUGGAAAAUCAUCAUAUAGCAGUAACUUAUAAGUUAUUAGCAUUAAAAUAAUGUGAUUUUUUAGAAUCUGUUCCUAGAGCAGAUAAAAUAAUGAUUAGAAAAUAUGUUGUGAAUAAUGUAUUAGCAACAGAUAAUUAAUAUCAUUUUAAAUUACUUAAUGAUAUUGAAAUAAAGUUUGGUCAAUCUUAAGGGGAUCCCAAAAUCUUUUGUAUUAUAUAUAACUUAUAUAUUAACUAGAAUCUGAAGAUAAUAAAAUUUUAUUAAGUGGAUUCUUGACUCAUGCAGCUGACUUUUUUGGAGCAGCUAAGUCUUAUUAAGUUGCUAGAGCAUGGAGUGAAAGAUUAAGAAGAGAAUUUCAAGCUUAAGUAAAUUACUGAUAAUAUUAAAUUUAAAGUCUUAAUUAGAAGAUAUUGUUGGUAUUGCAUAGACUCCAUACCUAAGAAAUUUAGAUGAUGAAGUAUAAUAUUCGAAAAAUGAGAUUGGAUUCUUGAAGGUAAUUGUAAAACCAAUUUAUGAAUCCUUAAAUUAGUUUUCUGAUGGUGCAAUGUCAUUAUAAUUGGCAAAUAUCAAUUUAAGCAUCAAAAAAUAUUCUGAAAUAGUAGAUUCACAUUAAUAAUAAUAAUGA